CCAAUGUUGAACAUGUCCACUCCCAGCGAGCUGAAGUCUCCCUGCGUGACUCGCAACGGUAUGGUGAAGUUGCCCCCCAGCCAGCCCAACGGUCUGGGCAGCGCAAGUAUCACCAAGGGCACGCCUGCUGCCAAGAACCGUCUGUGCCAGUCAUCCUCGGUGCCCUCCAUCCUUCCUCCCCCACCAUCCUCCCUUCCCUACCACCACCACCACCACCUGGAUGGCCCUGUCAUGCCCCAUUCAGCAGCCUCUCUCUUGGGCCCUGACCUGGAGCCUGGGAAGCCUCUGAUGGGCCUGAAGCCGUCCCUUCGUCAACUACCCCCCCUUACUCUACCUAAACCCAUGCUGCUGGAGCGCCAGCUUGUCCUGGAUGAGAAGCUGCUUAACCGACUGCUCUGGUACUUCACCACAGCUGAAAAAUGUGUGCUGGCGCAGGUAUGCAAGACAUGGCGUAAGGUGCUGUAUCAGCCCAAGUUUUGGGAGGGCGUGACACCUAUCUUGCAUGCCAAGGAGUUAUACACCUUGUUGCCCAAUGGGGAGAAGGAGUUUGUCAGUCUACAGGCCUUCGCACUGCGUGGUUUCCAGUCUUUCUGCUUAGUGGGCGUGUCAGACCUGGACAUUUGUGAGUUCAUUGACAACUACCCACUCUCCAAGAAAGGUGUUCGCUCAGUCAGCCUCAAGAGGUCCACCAUCACAGAUGCCGGAUUGGAGGUCAUGUUGGAGCAAAUGCAAGGCCUGAUGCACCUUGAACUGUCAGGCUGCAAUGACUUCACAGAGGCCGGCCUGUGGUCCAGUCUGAAUGCAAGGUUAACUUCACUCAGCGUCAGUGACUGCAUCAAUGUGGCGGAUGACGCCAUCGCUGCUAUCUCACAGCUACUGCCCAACCUAUCAGAGUUGAGCCUGCAGGCCUAUCAUGUCACUGACACAGCCAUGGCCUACUUCACCGCCAAACAGGGCUACACCACCCACACUCUGCGGCUUCACUCCUGCUGGGAGAUCACAAAUCAUGGUGUAGUCAACAUGGUGCACAGCCUCCCCAACCUGACUGCCCUCAGCCUCUCUGGCUGCUCCAAGAUCACUGAUGAUGGUGUGGAGCUGGUGGCUGAGAACCUGCGUAAGCUCCGCAGCCUGGACUUGUCUUGGUGCCCUCGGAUCACUGACAUGGCCCUGGAGUACAUUGCCUGUGACCUACAUAAACUGGAAGAACUGGUGCUUGACAGGUGUGUGCGGAUCACAGACACUGGCUUGGGAUACUUGUCCACCAUGUCAUCAUUAAGGAGUCUCUAUCUGCGCUGGUGCUGUCAGGUGCAGGAUUUUGGACUGCAGCAUUUGUUUGGAAUGAGGAGCCUUCGUCUACUGUCUCUAGCAGGUUGCCCCCUGCUGACCACCACCGGUCUGUCAGGCCUCAUUCAGCUGCAGGAGCUAGAGGAGCUGGAGCUGACCAACUGUCCCGGUGCCACUGCUGAGCUCUUCAAAUACUACUCGCAGCACUUGCCCCACUGCAUGGUCAUCGAGUAA